AAACUUUUUUUAAUGAGGCUUACGUAUCGGUCGUCCGGACUGGGCGCAUAGCGUUACAUUAUCUUGGAUUUUUUCUUGAAACUGCUUGGUUUUUGCCGUUUCUAUGUUCUAUUUCUUCAUGGAAAAACUGUUUUGCGUUAAUAGUGUGCGUUUCACGAGAUUAUGGUAUGCGCCAGUGCGUGACGACCGAGGCGAGAUCACCGAGCCUGAUUCACAUUAAUUAUGUGAACGGUGACGAACCAUUUUAAGUGCGCGAUAACACGCCCGUUGUUCUCGGACAUCCAGGACAUUUUAUUAUUAGCUUGUGAAGAACUAUAAUGCGAUGCAUACGUGCCGCUAAUAUAAAAUCAAUACUGACUGAAGUGUUAAUCCGUACCCUGCUUUGAACUGGAUUUUAUUGCACUAACGCAUUAUUUAUUCUUUAAUGUUAACUCUAAGUCGUGCCAUUUCAUUUUGUGACUGUUGUGUGUAUCAAAAAAAUAUUUCUAACAAAAUGUUGAAUUUCGCGGUCGUUUUUGAAUGUAGUGCGUGGCGCGUACACUAGGCAGCGCUGCUGACAUAAAGACUUCGUGCGCUUGCGUGAGCUCAGUCCGCGCGAGCUUCGCGUCGUUGCAGUAGGUUCCAAAACAAGAGCGUAGGGCUCAGUGGGAGUCCUAGAAAUAAUAAAUUCAAAUAAUCCUUGUGCUUGUAAAAGUGUCGCAGUGCAGUGUGUCAGUGUUGUGUUGUUUGGUGUUAGUGAGGCGGAGCGGAGCGUUGAGCUCCGGCGUGUCGGCGCGGAUCGAUAAAACGAGCUGGUAUGGCGCAGAGGUCAUGAGCCAGGGGGGCUCAAGAAGGCCCUAUUCGCGCGGGGGCCCGCGCUGGCACCCGCGUUACAAGGACUACUGGGACUACGAACAAAACUAUAGCGAUGGCAGCAGCGCAGGCAGUCCAAAAGAGGCGUGCGUGGCGGCGUCCCCGCCCCCUGCGCCGGCGCCGGUGAAGCGCGACGUGCGCCACCACCACCCCCACUCCCAUCCCCAGCAUGUGCAGCACCAGCCACACGGACAGCACGUCCAGCAUCCACAGCACAUGCACCAUGAACAACAUUCAAGACCGCUUAGUAUAGGCGGCGGAGCGGGCGGGUCUCGGCGCGCCGAGCGUCGGGCCGCCGGUCCCUCCGAAAGACGCCGAACAGAGAUGCGAGUCAGUCCAGGAGGUGCCGGACCUUCGGCGGAUCCUCCACACAUGAUGCAUCAUCACCAUAUGGAUACCAAUCCCUUAGAAGGCUCAGUGGAGUCCAUGGUGAGCGGCGCAGGUUCUUCAGACGGGGAGCUGUCCUCGAAGGCUGGAGAUAGCCCCAGCAGAAAGCGGAGGCGAAUCUCCAGACAUCUGUCGUCAGGGGAGAGCAACGUGUCAGUGUCAGCGCCGGCCGUCGAACGACGCACGCCCAGACAUCACUAUCAACCUCCCCGGCGGAUGCGAUACGUGAACAACGGUGCGGGCACAUGGGCGGAGAGGCUGAUAGAACCCCACGCGCAUCCCGCGCAUCCAGCCCAUCCCGCGCACCCAGCGCAUCCCGCCCAUCAUACGCAUCACACGCACCACGCACAUCCACAUCAUACGCCAUUGUUACUGGAUAUCAAUCAGAUGUCAGUCCGCGGCACCCGGCUGGGCGCGCUGGGCGGCGUGGGCUGGCACCACGCUCAGCACGCGCAGCACGCCACGCACGCGCGCGACCACGCGCAGCGCACGCAGGUGACCGCGGCCGGCGUUGGAGCACCCGAGCUCUGGGGCGCCGCCGUCCUGCCGCCAUUGCCACACCUGCGCUACCAGAUGGGCGGCGUGUACGCCGGGCUCCAGUACCACGGAAGCUUCGCCCCGCCGCCACCGCCCCGAGGUCCCUUCGCGUCGCCGCCGCAUCCACACACGCAUUAUAUUACAAAUUCUCAGCGCGCUGAAGGCGGUCGGCUAGAGAUGGUGGGAGGCGGUGAAGGCACCCUCUCCCCCCUGCAGCCGGCCACCGACCUGCAUCACGCACCGUUAUUACUUGCCACUGAGGCGCGAGGAGCUCCCAUUGAGCUGAUGGCGCCUCACCACGCGAGGCAUGCACUCUCGCAUCAUCACCACCGUCGCAGCGGCGGUGGAGUUGGCGUGAAUGUAGGGGGAGGCGUAGGAGUGGGAGUAGUGGGGGGAGGGUCCCGCGCGCGACCCUAUGUACGACACGCGGCGCGGUGGCCACACCAUCCACUGCACCAUAUACAUACACAGGGCGGCGGCGGCCUGGUAGGCGCGGCGCUCCCCGCGCACGUCCAGGCACAACUACACGUCGCGCAACCACUCUCUCUGCCGCCACCACCACCCACUUACCAGGUGUUCUUAAACCUCCUGGCGAUGUUCCCUCUAUCCCCCUACGCUGAAGCAAGGGGCGCCGGCGAGGAAGGCGCCGAAUCUACAGAACCAGAAAACUACGAAGCCCUAUUAUCACUGGCGGAGCGCCUAGGCGAGGCUAAGCCCCGGGGCCUUGCUAGACACGAAAUUGAAGCCCUACCAAGCUACAAGUUUGCCGCGGCGACGCAUCGCGGUGAACAGACGAGCUGUGUAGUGUGUAUGUGCGAGUUCGAGGCCCGCCAGUUGCUCCGCGUGCUUCCUUGUGCGCAUGAGUUCCAUGCUAAGUGCGUGGAUAAGUGGCUAAGGUCAAACAGAACCUGCCCUAUUUGCCGCGGCAACGCAUCAGAAUACUUCAGCAAUACGGAGUGACUUACACACAGCGACACAUCUACAUAUAACAAUAACAGACUGUCUGUCUUUCAACUCUUAAUACAACGGCUUGUAUAACAUAACAUAAUUGGUCAGACGUUGGUGUCACGAUUAUAUGUGUGCACCUUUUUAACAUGAUUUUUGUAACAUUACGUAAAUGAAAAGAAUCGUUUUUAAACAUAAUAGGGACGAUGACGGAGUAUGAAAAUUAAAAAUCUAAUU